AUGGAUAUGCGAAACAACCUCUUUGGUAGAGGGCCUCGUGGUGGCGGUGGAGGUCUACCUGGACGACCGGGUCCUGAACAAGGCAGUUAUAGUCAAGUUCCCCAGAGCCGACCGCCGAGAGAUUAUAAUGGCCCUCCCGAAUAUGAUCCAAGAGGUGCUUACGGUGCCCCGUCGCCGGGCUACGGUGGAAACAAUAUGGCGCCCCAACAAAGGAAUACACGGCCCAACCCUCCUCAAGGUCGUCCCGUUCAGCUUAGAUUGGCAAAAUUAGAUAAGGGCGAUCUAUCUCAGCAAUACAUAUUUGGCAAUCUCGUUGCCGUCUCGCCUCAGGAUUUCCCUCCCGACCAAUACGGGAAAGACCUGCAUAUCUUACUGAACGGAAACUUCGUCGUGGCUGCUCGUCCGACCGAAUAUAUCCCACCAGGAUGCAUAAGCUUGUCCGACCCUCAACGAACGUGGUGCGGCAUUAGUAUGACCGACACAAUUAUUGCUGAAAGAUAUGAUCAUAAGGUUCCUCUGUCGGCUAUGGACGUCGAGGUUGGAUUUGCGUCUCAGAGGAAGAUAACAGAUGUCCCAUAUGACCAGGAUGAGCUUGCAGACUAUUUCGUCAAGAUGUUUCAAGGCCAAAUCUUUGCCCCUGGCCAACGAUUAUUAAUGGACUACAAGGGAAUACCGUUGAUGUUCGUGGUUAAAACGGUUCAGCUUCUCGACCUACUUGGAAACGAGAAGGGUCAGGCUUCAGAUUCGUCUUCGAGGCCCGAUACCAGGGGUUUACUGGUGGCGGGCCAGGGUCAAACUGAGAUCAAUUUUUUCAAAGAUGCUAAAAAUCCCAUCAAGCUCAAAGGCUCGUCAAGACGGCCUGCCACAAAUGCUAUCCUAAGGCCGGAUUUCAAGUUUGCCGAUAUGGGUAUUGGAGGUCUGGACGAAGAAUUCAGUACGAUUUUUAGACGUGCUUUUGCUUCUCGAGUUUUCCCUCCAGGUUUAGUCGAGCAGAUGGGCAUCUCUCACGUAAAGGGUGUUCUACUCUAUGGCCCGCCGGGAACGGGUAAAACGUUGAUCGCAAGACAGAUCGGCAAGAUGCUGAAUGCCCGCGAACCUAAAAUCAUCAACGGUCCGGAAAUCCUUAAUAAAUACGUGGGCCAAUCCGAGGAAAACGUGCGAAAGAUGUUCGCGGAUGCAGAGAAGGAAUACAAGGAGAAAGGUGAAGAGAGUGGUUUACAUAUCAUUAUCUUCGACGAACUUGACGCUGUUUGUAAGCAGAGAGGUAGCGGGUCCGGAGGGACUGGUGUUGGUGACAGCGUAGUUAAUCAGCUUCUUUCUAAGCUUGAUGGUGUUGAUCAACUCAAUAACAUUUUGCUUAUUGGCAUGACUAAUCGGAAGGAUAUGAUCGAUGAUGCGCUAUUGCGACCAGGACGUCUUGAGGUGCACGUGGAGAUUUCAUUACCUGACGAACAUGGCCGGAUACAAAUCCUUAACAUUCAUACUGCCAAGAUAAGGGCUAUCAACAAGCUGGGCGAUGAUGUUAGCUUAGAGGAGCUUGCUCACAUCACCAAGAAUUAUUCGGGUGCAGAAAUUUCCGGUCUAGUAAAAGCUGCUUUAUCCUACGCCUUUACUAGGCAUACGAAACUCGGGGACGUCACUGGUGUCCAGGGUAAUCCCCAGGAUGUGAUGUUGACACGGGCCGAUUUCAUGAGAGCAUUGGAAGAUGUCAAGCCAGCCUUUGGAGUUUCCGAGGAAGAACUCAGUGGUGCUGCCCCGUACGGAGUCAUUGAUUAUAGUCCGCACAUCCAAUCAAUACUCUCCACAGGCCUCAGCUUUGUCCAAGCAGUUCGGACUUCCGAGAAGUCUCCUCUGUUCUCUGUCUUGGUCCACGGUCCUCAUGGUGCCGGAAAGACGGCCUUGGCCGCAGAGAUUGGAUUGAAGUCCGAAUUCCCAUUCGUCAAGCUCAUCAAACCGAUUGAUGUUGGGACAAACGAAGGAGCCAAACUCGAAUAUCUGCGUCGUGCCUUUUCAGAUGCUUAUAAAUCAGCUCUUUCUAUCGUCAUUCUAGACAGCGUCGAGAAAAUCAUCGACUGGAACCCCAUCGGACCGAGAUUCUCCAAUGCCGUUGUGCAGUAUCUAGGUGCAGUACUGGAAACUCGACCGCCUAAGCUCGCGCAGAAUCGUAGACUCCUCAUCAUAGCCACGACGAGCCAGCGAUCCAUGUUAGAUCAACAUGGGGUAUUCGCGUGGGACAGAGAGAUUGCCGUACCGGCUGUCAAGGACCAUCGUGAGCUUCAGGCUCUCUUAGCCGCCUCGGGUAAAUUUGAUGGGCCGGCCGACAUCAACGAGGCUCUCAACGAGCUACAAACUCUGACAGGGAGCCAAGAUGUUGGCAUAGGUGUCAAGGCAGUAUUUUCGGCGUUAGAGACGGCCGCGGUAAGGGACCCACUGCCUACGAGCCUAGCGGAGGACAUCAGCGCUAUUAUGGCAGCGAGGAAUCCGCAAGGAUAUUAA